CGCGUAACUCCAAAGUUUAUAUUUUACGUAGACGUUAAGUAGAAGCCUGUUCACAAAAUAAUUUACUUCAUUUCAUAUUAUUAACAUGAAUUUUUUAUUGUUGUUCACUCUUUUGAGUGUUUUAAAAUUAGAUUUAACUUUAGAAUCUCCUGUUUCAAGUGGCGAUGUUAAAGAAAAUGAAGCGUCACAUAAUUACGAAAUUAACGAAGAUACUUUGCGUCUAGUUAUAGUGGUCAUGCGUCAUGGCGAACGUGCACCCCAAGAUACUUAUCCAAAUGAUCCUCAUGUGACAGAUACCAUGAAACCAUAUGGUUGGGGCCAAUUAACAAAUUUAGGUCGAGUUAAUCAGUAUAAUCAAGGAAUCUUUUUAAGACAACGUUAUAAUCAAUUUUUGGGCCAGACUUAUAAUCCUGAUAUAUUUUAUUUGCAAUGUACCUCUGUCGAUCGUACUAAAAUGUCAGCUAUGUUAGAAGCAGCUGGACUGUGGAAACCGACUCUAGAGCAAUCUUUCAAAGCUGAUUUUCCUUGGCAGCCUGUUACAUUAUUUUAUCAGAGACGCUCGGAAGAUACCCUCAUGUUAAUAUGGAAUACAUGCCCGAAAUAUGCUCAAGCGCGUAACACUAUAUUGCAAUUACCGGAAGUUCAAAAUGUGCAAAAUGAAAAUAAACAACUUUACGAAGAAUUAACAAAUUUAACAGGCAUGACAAUUGCAUCUCCUGAUGAUGUUAGUUCAUUGUACAGUACAUUAAAAGCAGAGGUAGUAAUGAAUUUAACUUUACCUGACUGGACUACGAAAUAUUAUCCUGAUAAAUUAUUACCUUUAACAAUGUAUGAUUUUAAACUUAACACGUAUAACGAUAUGCUUAAACGGCUUAAAGGCGGUCCAUUGCUUAAAAAGAUCGUUUAUGAUAUGAUAGCCAAAAAAGAAGGAACUUUACAUCCUGAAACAAGAAAAAUGUUUAUGUAUGUAGGACAUGAUAGUACUGUAGUAACUUUACUUGAUGUACUACACAUUUGGCAUGAUCAAAUGCCAGAAUAUAACAUUAUGACUCUGAUAGAACUUCAUGAAGAUGACAAUGGUUGGAAUGUUCAGGUAUUCUUAAGAAAUACAACUAGCCAUAAGCCAUAUCCAAUGACUAUACCUGGAUGUGCCAUGAUUUGCCCAAUAGAUAAAUUUAUAAAAAUCUUAGAACCAAUGAUCCCUGAUAAUUGGGAGGAUGAAUGUAAAAUUGAUGGAAAAUAUACUUUACCACCAGCACCGGCGCCAUAAUUAUAAAAAAAAAAAAUAGUUCUAUGACAUUGUUAAUAGUGUGAUUAUAGAAAUGAAUUCAUUAUCUCUAAUAACUUUUAAACAGAAAAAUUUAGUAUUAUUUAUAAAUAUAAAAAUAUUUUAUACUUUAA